ACUUCAAUGUGACAAAGCCUAGCUCUCUUUCUUGAAACCUUUUGUUUUGGGGCACAAGAAAGAAGCUAAUCAAAUCAAUGGGGAAAAACAUAGACGAAAAGAGCAUCAUGAAUCAAAAACUUAAGGAUGUAGGAGAUGAACCAGUGGAGGAAUCUUCUUUAGCUUCUUUACCAAACUCAUCAUCACCUACUCAAGAUGGCAGAGCAAGCAGCAUGGUUUUCAAGAAAGCACAUAGUGUAAUACCAGCUCACUUGGUAGCUGAAGCAAUCUCCACACUCCAUGGAGUGAUGUGGUCUGGUCCAAUAACACCAAGAGAAAUGGAAUAUGUUCAGCAUUAUGUAUUUGCAAAAUACCCUCAAUACAGCAAUGGUCUAGUAGAAGUGGGAGACCAAAAAAUUGACCUUUCUAUCAAUGAAGAAACUACUUCCCAAUCCCAUGAAAAACAUAGGUCAGUUAAAGGUGUCAUGACAAAAGAAUUCUCCUCUUUCUCAUUCAAUAAUAGUAUUUUCUCUAAUCUAAACAAAACCCAAUUGGGGCCAUCAAGACUCCUUGAUAUCCUCACAAAGAAAUCUACAUUUGAAGGGAACUUCAUUUCGAUACCAGAAGUUCAAGCCAGGAACCGAGCCUUGAAACACUGCGGUUUAGCUGAAGAAGACUACUUAGUUUUCUUCACAGCAAACUACAAGGAUGCCAUGAGCAUGAUAGGAGAGAGUUACCCUUUCUUUAGAGGAAACAUCUACAUGUCAAUAAUUAAUGAGCAAAUAGAUUUCAUCAAAGAAUUUGCUAUUCAGAAAGAGUCAAAGGUGAUUUUGGCACCAGAAACAUGGUUGGAUCUAAGGAUUAAAGGGUCUCAGCUAAGUCAAUACUUUAGGAGGAAGUGUAAACAUAGUCCCAAAGGUCUCUUCUCAUAUCCAGCCAGAAUGAAUGGAACAAGAUAUUCGAUGCAUUGGAUCUCAGAGGCUCACAGAAACUCAUGGCAUGUUCUUCUUGAUGCCACUGAUUUGGUCUUUGGAGAGGACAGAAUUGGCCUUUCUCUUCACCAGCCUGAUUUUGUGCUGUGCAGCCUCACUAAUAAUAGUAAUAAUGCUCAUUCUCAACCUUCUAUAAUCACCUGCCUCUUGGUCAGGAAAAAAUCAUUUGAUACUUUGCCCACUUCUGGCUAAGUAUAAUUCUAUGCAGGAUACUUUUCACACACAUUUGACCCCUUCUUGAAAGUAGUCAGCACCAUGUCUAGAAUUAAAGUCAUUUUCCAAAUAAUUAUAGAAAAAUGUUUUCUCCAACUACUCUGUAGUAAUCAAUGAAAAUAUACUAUUAUUUUGUAAGAUGAUAUUCUAGAUAGUAGAUUGAGUUUUUUAUGGGG